AUUGAUGGAUUAGCGCUAUUUGUCGAAGCACUGAAGAAGAUUGCUGGUACAAAUGUCUAGCAAAUUAAUUUUUUUGUUCCUAGCACUUAUUUAUGCCCAUAGCAAUGCUGUAAGUGUUCGCCAGAAUGUACGAAAAUUCCCCAAUGGCUUCGCUUUCGGCGCAGCUACGGCUUCAUAUCAAGUUGAAGGCGCGUGGAACGAAGAUGGAAAGUCAGAAAAUAUCUGGGACUACUUAACUCAUUCGCAACCAAAUCCCGUAAAAGAUGGGUCUUCAGGAGAUGUAGCAGCGAAUUCUUAUCACCUGUACAAAAGGGACGUGGAGAUGAUGAAGGAAUUGGGCCUUCAGUUUUAUAGAUUCUCCCUUUCGUGGUCUCGGCUCUUACCAACUGGGUUCCCAGACGUCAUCAAUCCAGCGGGCGUGGAUUACUAUAACAAUUUAAUAGACGAGAUGCUGAAAUACAAUAUUCAGCCGAUGAUAACGUUGUAUCACUGGGACUUGCCGCAGAAGCUCCAGGAGAUGGGUGGAUGGACUAACUCGCAUAUUGUCGAUUGGUUCGGUGAUUACGCGCAGGUGGCGUUCAAACUUUUUGGCGAUAGAGUUAAAAGCUGGAUUACUAUCAAUGAACCCCACUCAAUUUGUUACUACGGCUAUUCUAUAGGACAUUUUGCACCUAGAAUCGAUUCUUCAGGAGUAUCAGAGUAUAUGUGCACUAAAUAUUUAUUGUUAGCUCACGCAAGAGCUUACCAUAUUUAUGAUCAAGAAUUUAGACCUUCCUAGAAUGGCAAUAUCUUUAUAGCAUUAAGUGGGCAAUGGUAUCAAUCUGAAACGGACGAAUACCACGAUGCCGCUGAAGACUAUAUUCAAUUUACGGUGGGACAAUACGCUCACCCGAUAUUCUCAACCACUGGCGAUUGGCCGCCUGUCAUGAAGGAGAGAAUAGCAGCCAAAAGCGCCGAGCAAGGUUUCUUCAGGUCAAGGCUACCUGCAUUCUCGCCUGAGGAAGUGGACUACAUCCGAGGGUCUUCUGACUUCUUUGGAUUAAAUCAUUACACAACAUAUUACGUGUACCGCAAUGAAUCGAGCACUAAUUUUGCAGUACCUUCUUUUGAGGACGAUAUUGGCGCUGAUAGGUAUCAAUUACAAGAAUGGCAUACACAAAAAGAUGUAAAGUAUAUUGGGCAUGUACCAUGGGGCUUCACCAAGUUAUUGGUGAAAAUAAAAGAGGACUACAAUGACGUUCCAAUCCAAAUCACGGAAAAUGGCUUCUCCACGCUUCCCGGGCUGGAAGACGACACGCGCGUGGCGUAUUACUUCGACUACCUGAACGCGUUGCUGGACGCCGUCGAGAGCGGCGUCGACGUGCGGAGCUACGCCGCCUGGAGUCUCCUGGACAACUUCGAGUGGAUAGAAGGAUAUGGCAUACGUUUCGGGCUGUACGAAGUGGACUUUGAAGACGAGGCGCGCCCGCGCACGCCGCGCAAAUCUGCCUUCUUAUACAAAGAGAUCGUGCGCACGCGCGCGCUCGACCCCAGCUUUGAGCCCGACGCCAGCGCUACCAUGACCAUUGACGAAGGACAUUAAAUCCCACCCAAGCAACAAAUAAAAAUAAUAAAAUUAAUAAAAUUUCUAGCAUUUCUUUAUUGCCCUUGCAAUGCUGUAAGUUUUCGCCAGAAUGUACGAAAAUUCCCCGAUGGCUUCGCUUUCGGCGCAGCUACGGCUUCAUAUCAAGUUGAAGGCGCAUGGAAUGAAGAUGGAAAGUCAGAAAAUAUCUGGGACCACUUAACUCAUUCGCAAUCAAAUCCCGUAAAAGAUGGGUCUUCAGGAGAUGUAGCAGCGAAUUCUUAUCACCUGUACAAAAGGGACGUAGAGAUGAUGAGGGAAUUGGGCCUUCAGUUUUAUAGAUUCUCCCUUUCGUGGUCUCGGCUCUUACCAACUGGGUUCCCAGACGUCAUCAAUCAAGCGGGCGUGGAUUACUAUAACAAUUUAAUAGACGAGAUGCUGAAAUACAAUAUUCAGCCGAUGAUAACGUUGUAUCACUGGGACUUGCCGCAGAAGCUCCAAGAGAUGGGUGGAUGGACUAACUCGCAUAUUGUCGAUUGGUUCGGUGAUUACGCGCAGGUGGCGUUCAAACUUUUUGGCGAUAAAGUUAAAAGCUGGAUUACUAUCAAUGAACCCCACUCAAUUUGUUACUACGGCUAUUCUAUAGGAUAUUUGGCACCUAGAGUGGAUUCUUCAGGAGUAUCAGAUUAUAUGUGCUCUAAAUAUUUAUUGUUAGCUCACGCAAGAGCUUACCAUAUUUAUGAUCAAGAAUUCAGACCUUCCCAGAAUGGCAAUAUCUUUAUAUCAUUAAGUGCGCAAUGGUAUCAAUCUGAAACGGACGAAUACCACGAUGCAGCUGAAGACUACAUUCAAUUUGAGAUGGGACAAUACGCUCACCCGAUAUUCUCAACCACUGGCGAUUGGCCGCACGUCAUGAAGGAGAGAAUAGCAGCCAAAAGCGCCGAACAAGGUUUCUUCAGGUCAAGGCUACCUGCAUUCUCGCCUGAGGAAGUGGACUACAUCCGAGGGUCUUCUGACUUCUUUGGAUUAAAUCAUUACACAACAUAUUACGUGUACCGCAAUGAAUCGAGCACUAAUUUUGCAGUACCUUCUUUUGAGGACGAUAUUGGCGUUAAUAAGUAUCAAUUACAAGAAUGGCAUACACAUAAUGAUGUUAUGUAUGUUGGGCAUGUACCAUGGGGCUUCACCAAGUUAUUGGUGAAAAUUAAAGAGGACUACAAUGACGUUCCAAUCCAAAUCACGGAAAAUGGCUUCUCCACGCUUCCCGGGCUGGAAGACGACACGCGCGUGGCGUAUUACUUCGACUACCUGAACGCGUUGCUAGACGCCGUCGAGAGCGGCGUCGACGUGCGGAGCUACGCCGCCUGGAGUCUCCUGGACAACUUCGAGUGGAUAGAAGGAUAUGGCAUACGUUUCGGGCUGUACGAAGUGGACUUUGAAGACGAGGCGCGCCCGCGCACUCCGCGCAAAUCUGCUUUCCUGUACAAAGAGAUCGUGCGCACGCGCGCGCUCGACCCCAGCUUUAAGCCCGACGCCAGCGCUACCAUGACCAUUGACGAAGGACAUUAGCAAUAAGCUACUAACAUGCGAAUAAAAAUAAAAUAAAUGAUACUAAAGUUCUUCUAAAUAAAUUAUAUUAAACAAAUUA